GACUCAUUUGCAUCAAAUGUAAAUCUACUGAUGUUCAGUACAUCUUCACAAAUAUGCGGUUUGAUCUGAUGUCUAGACGUUUAUCGGCUCCUUUGCAUAUCACGUGCUUGGCCCUGGCCAAUAACCUCGCGAUCUUUCUGUACUCAGGCGUGCUGGUAUCGUUACUCUCCCGGAGUCCCUGUCUCUGCUCAGUUGAGUGGAUUUGGAAAAAGAGCUGGUCCUCUCGAUGUAGGGCAUGCUAUGACCGCUUCAUUACUCCUCCACUCGCACUGGAUCGACCCGGUGAUGUUUCUCUACGACAGUGGCCUGGAUGAAAGAAGCAAGAACAUGGAGGGAUUUACUGGAGGCAAUUUUGCAGCAAAUCAGUGCAGGAAUUUGUUAGCGCAUCCAACUUCGCUGGCUCCCAGCACCACUUACACUGCGAGUGAGGUGCCAGUGUCUGGCAUGGGGGAGCCUGGCAAACAAUGCAGUCCCUGUUCUGCCACUCAGAGCUCUCCAAAUGCGUCUUUGCCUUAUGGAUACUUUGGCAGCAGUUAUUACCCGUGCAGGAUGUCACACGGCAGCGUCAAGGCGUGCGCUCAGCCCUCUGGAUAUGGCGAUAAAUACAUGGACUCAUCCGUCUCUGGUGAGGAGUUCUCAACCAGGGCAAAGGAAUUUGCAUUUUAUCAGGGUUAUUCCUCGAGUCCUUACCAGCCCAGUUACCUGGACGUGCCUGUGGUACCUGCACUGAGUGCUCCAUCUGAGCCCAGACACGAGUCACUGCUGCCCAUGGAGCCCUACCAGCCCUGGGCCAUCACUAAUGGCUGGAGUGGUCAAGUUUACUGCGCCAAGGAGCAGCCACAGUCAAACCCUCUAUGGAAAUCCUCUUUGCAAGACACCAUAUCUGGAGGUGACAGCUCUAUCCGCCGGGGGAGAAAGAAGCGCGUGCCAUACACAAAGGUUCAGUUAAAGGAGUUGGAGAGAGAAUACAACGCCAACAAAUUCAUCACCAAGGAUAAAAGGAGAAGGAUAUCCGCACAGACAAAUCUGACUGAGAGACAAGUGACAAUCUGGUUUCAAAACCGCCGCGUAAAGGAGAAAAAAGUGGUCAAUAAAUUCAAGAGCUCCAGUUAGCUGUGGAAAAAAAAAAAUGAAACGGGAGAGGAAGUGCGGACACGGAUGUGCCUUCAUCCAAAAAACUGUGCGAUAAUUUAUUACAUGAUAUGAACGGCCUUUUGGUCGCCAGAAUGGCUCUGUUUUUGACUUGCACAUUUCCUUCCUCGCGUUUAAUUGGAACCAGUCGGUGCAGCCUGUUGACAGGAGGUCGGAAAUGGUUUGCAACAUUUUGACCAAGGCGAGUCUGAGAGGGCUCCUUUAAAUACUCAUCAGAAAAUAAGACAUUCUGUUAGAAGCCAUGGGACACCCUGAGUGAUCCUGCGCUUUUGUAUCACUUAAUUCAAUCCGGAAUUUAAAAUUGAUGUCCUUAAAAUAAGCACCUAUAGAACCAAUUUACAGCAAAUACAUUUGAAAAGUCAUUUUCAACCCGUGAUCCUCAAAGAAAGGCUAAAGUGUAACAAAAAGUGUUGAUAUGAUAGAAUACAUUUUUUUUGCAAUUACUCACAAGGGGUUAAAGACAGGGGGGGAAAGGUGAUGAAGCUUAUGCGUAAAUUCUCCGCUUGGAACUCUCACUGACAGGAUGUACACUACGGCCUUGUUUUGAUUAAUUCAAUCUCUGUUCAUUAAUCUACCAGUAUUUGUGAAACGUAAUCAAACGUGAACACUGAGCAUUUCAAUACUUACUUCUGUUUUGAUUGCUUUUUGAGCCUAGAAUAACUCUGACUGACCUGUCAGUCACCAGCGAUUUUGCAAGGAAGUGCUGGAAACUUUGACAUAUAUUUAAACAUGUAAAUACCCCCUGACUGCCACUAUCUAUUCUAUUUUUUUUUGAC